UGACGCACUUCCGGCGCCGCGGCGGAAGCGGCGGGGCCGCCUAAGAUGGCGGCGGCGUGAGUUGCAUGUUGUGGGGCCGCCGGGAGGAGCCGCCGCCGCCCCGUCCCCGUCCCGCCAUGGCGGUGACCGUGACGCUGAAGACGCUGCAGCAGCAAACCUUCAAGAUCCGCAUGGAGCCGCACGAGACGGUGCGGGCGCUGAAGGAGAAGAUCGAGGCCGAGAAGGGCAGCGAGGCGUUCCCCGUGGCCGGCCAGAAGCUGAUCUACGCCGGCAAGAUCCUGAGCGACGACGUGCCCAUCCGCGAGUACCGCAUCGACGAGAAGAACUUCGUGGUGGUCAUGGUCACCAAGGUGGGCGGGGGUCCUGGGGGGGAGCUGCGGAGGGAGCUGGGGGUCCCUGGCAUCCCCGGCAGCCCCGAGCCCGAGCGCCCGCCCGUGCAGGAGUCUCGCCCCCCGGAGCAGCCCCCGCCCGAAGGCGACAACCCCCUGGAGUUCCUGCGGGAGCAGCCGCAGUUCCAGAACAUGCGCCAGGUGAUCCAGCAGAACCCGGCGCUGCUCCCGGCGCUGCUGCAGCAGCUGGGCCAGGAGAACCCCCAGCUGCUCCAGCAAAUCAGCCAGCACCAGGAGCAGUUCAUCCAGAUGCUGAACGAGCCGCUGGGCGAGCUGGGCGAGCUCGAGGGGGAGGUGGGCGCCAUCGGGGACGAGUCCCCCCAGAUGAACUACAUCCAGGUGACCCCGCAGGAGAAGGAAGCCAUAGAGAGGCUGAAGGCGCUGGGCUUUCCCGAGAGCCUGGUGAUCCAGGCCUACUUCGCCUGCGAGAAGAACGAGAACCUGGCGGCCAACUUCCUGCUCAGCCAGAACUUCGACGACGACUGAGGGACCCCCGGCCCCCCCCCGGCCCUGGGGGGCUCCUUCUGCCUCCGGGGGGGUCCCCACGCUGCGCG